GUGGGCCUUUCGCCGGCCACGAUAAAUACAGCGCUCCAGGCCGCACCCAAGACAUGAAAGACGAGCGCAGUCUCCCCAGGCCUGUCUGUUGUUCAAUCAGAGUCAGCUGUCGAGAUGGCUUCAAGGAUGGUGCUGGCCGUGUGGCCUCUGUGCACCAUUGUUGCCGCCGUCGCAACCCAGGCAGCGCCCGUCAACAUCCGGCUUAACGUCACCGCCGAGAGCCGCGAGAUCAAGUCUGGCUGGACCUCUGUCUACUACCCUGAUGCAGCAUCGAACGCGCCUGCCCUCCUGAUUGGGAACGAUGGCAUGACCGCCACGGGCGGCUUCCACGUCCUCAACCUCGACUCUUCGUCCCCCAUCUCCGAGGUUACCAGCAUCGUUACCGGGAGGACCAAACUUAUCACCACGGUGUAUGGCUUGGGCGGUGGGGAAAAAGGGAAGGCCGCUGCUGGCGAUGUAAUCAUCACUAUCGCGCAGACAGACGCCAUCAUUCGCGUCUUCGAUGCCGUCUCCUUCGAGCAGAUCCCCACACUUACAUCGCCGACUGUAACUUUGGGCGAUUGGAAUGCCAUCUGUCCUUGGCAAAGCAGCAGCGGGAACCACUACUUCUUUCUUUUCGGCAAGGGUGGCAGGGCCUUCCAGUAUCUUAUCCGCAAGGUCAAUGAUGCGGUGGAGAUAUUGGAGGUCCGAUCCAUCCCCGUCUCGGCCUCAUUCGUCGGCUGCGCCGUUUCUCAGAAGCACUCGACACUUUUCCUCACCGAGGAGGUGGACCAGGAUGUCUACACCAUGGAGCUGGUCGAGAACACUGCCGCGCCGGCUAUCGUCAAGGUUGCCAACGUCACCGGGGCCACCGGUGUUUCCAUCUAUGAGACAAGCUGUGCCGACAAGGAUUACAUUUUCGUCGCCCGCGAGGACUCCAUCUCUGUCUACUAUCAUCCCUGGGAAAUUGUCGGCAAGGUGACUCUGACAGGCCGGAAGAAGAUGGAGAUCGAGGGGCUGAGCAUAUACCAAGCCUCCACGCCUCACUACCCCCUUGGCGCUCUCACCUACAGCAUGAAGGCUAACUCCUUCCAGGGUUUUGCUGUCUCUUCUCUGUCCGAGCUGCUGGCAGAGCUUGGCAUCCGGCCGAACACAGCCUACAGCCCCAGGGCUCGGUCGAGCGAUGGUGGGCCGUCCCCCAUCUCCGGCUCAUGCUCUGGGAAUGGCUACUUCACCAACCAACAGUGCAGCUGCUUCCUCGGUUUCACCGGCCCCGAGUGCAACCAGUUCGCCUGCACAAACUCCUGUUCCGGCAAGGGCCGCUGCACUGGCCCGAAUCAGUGUAGCUGUGACGCCGGCUGGGGUGGACUGCACUGCUCGUUUCUGCUCGUCGAGCCUUCCUACGAGACCGAUGCCAACGGUGGCGAUGGCGACGACCCGGCCAUCUGGAUCUCUCCCGUGUCUCCAGAGCUGUCUCGCGUCAUCAUGACGGUCAAGUCCGAGCGCGGCGCGGGAUUGGGGGUGUUCGACCUGCAGGGAAAACAGACGCAGGCUUUUCCAGCGCCGCAACCGAACAACGUGGACAUGAUAUACGGCUUCCAGGCCGGCGACCGCCGUGUCGAUCUGGCAUUCGCAGGAUGCCGGACUGACAACACUCUGUGUCUCUUCGAGAUGCAUCCCAACGGAACACUGUCAGACAUCCCCGGUGGCAGCCAGCCCCUCCCUCCCAAGUACAAGGUCUACGGCUCGUGCACCUACCUCUCCCCCAAGACCGGGAAGCAGUACCUCUUCGUCAACGAGAAGUCGGCCCGCUACCUGCAGUACGAGCUCACGGCGGCGGCGGACGGCACGCUCCAAACGACCCUCGUCCGCGACUUCAUCGGCGGCAACGGCGGCCAGGUCGAGGGCUGCGUGACGGACGAGCAGAACGGCUGGCUCUUCCUAGGCGAGGAGCCCGUCGCGCUGUGGCGGUACGACGCCGAACCCAACUCGACCGCGCCCGGCCACCUCGUCGCGGCCGUGGGCGACAGCGGGCCGCUCAACGCCGAGGUCGAGGGCGUCACGCUCGUCACGGGCAAGAGGCCCGACCAGGGCUACAUCCUCGCCUCCAACCAGGGCGUCAGCUCCUUCGCCGUCUACCGGCGCGCCGAGCCGCACGAGUACGUGACCACAUUCCAGGUCGUGCGGUCGGCAGACGGCCGCAUCGACGCCGUGUCCAACACGGACGGCAUCACCGCCGUCGGCAAGGCGCUGGGCCCGGACUUCCCGCGCGGCCUGGUCGUGGUGCACGACGACGCGAACGAGCUGCCAGGCGGCGGGGCGAGCGAGGACGCGAGCUUCAAGCUGAUCAGCCUGGAGAAGAUUCUGGGGGCUGAGGCGUUGAAGGGGCUGAACCUGCUCGACGAUGUUGACCCUGAGUGGGACCCUCGCGCUUGACCUGUCGUAGCCGAGGGGUGACGUGGGCUCAUCUGUGACUCUAGCUCAAACUAGAAAGAUGUAAAUGAUGAACAGAAGCAAACUUGGGAUGG